CCGACUUUUUUCUAGAACUGUUUCCUCUCCCAUCCCUUCAUAACAAAGCAUAAAUGAUAAGGUAGUUGUAACAUUUAGCUUUCGCAGUUUGUAUUGUGCACAACCCCAUCGCCAGAAAUUGUCAGAAGAUGGCAGAAUGUUGUGCGGGUCCGAUGCUGUUGCUCUGUCUCUUCCCAUUUUUUGCAGUGGCUCUAGGUUCUUCGCCAUGCCCUAUCGUAGGGUUACCUCUUGUGAGAAACAUCAGCGAGAUUCCUCAGGAUAACUAUGGUAGGGAGGGUCUCUCUCACAUGACUGUUGCAGGUUCGUUAAUGCAUGGACUGAAAGAGGUUGAAGUAUGGCUUCAAACAUUUUCACCAGGAACAUACACUCCAAUUCACAGGCAUUCAUGUGAAGAAGUUUUUAUUGUUCUGAGAGGUAGUGGCACUCUUUAUCUUGCAGCAGAUUCAGUUGGAAAACACCCUGGAAAGCCACAGGAGCACUUUAUCUUUCCAAAUAGCACAUUUCAUAUUCCUGUUAAUGACGCUCAUCAGAUUUGGAACACCAAUGAGUCCGAGGAUUUACAAGUUCUUGUUAUAAUAUCUCGUCCACCCUUUAAAGUGUUUGUAUAUGAGAACUGGUCCAUGCCUCACACUGCAGCGAAAUUGAUAUUCCCCUAUUACUGGGAUGAACAAUGCUAUAAAGAACCUCCAAAAGACGAACUAUGAUUUAUAGUCACGUUUUACACAUUUUAUUACUGAGAUUGUCUACCGCUGUAAUGUGUUUUAUUAACUAGAAAUUCAAAACUCUCAAUACAGUUUUAUAUUCAUUAGUUUUAUAUCUCUUUGAAUAGUUUAUAAAUACUUUUGUAAGCGUUCAUCGAGUCUUGGAUUCUAUCUUGACUCCGAUGAAUUUUCGAGACUCAAUUCACCUAAUCUUUUAGCA